UCAAAGACCCAAGAGAGAGAGUGAUCCAUAAAUAUUCCUUCUUUUUUUCUAGUACACAAAUCUUUGAAUCUGAGCUGUGCAAGUCCGACUGAAAACUCACUCUCAUAAAUCCCAAAAUCCUCACUCUAUACACAAACACACACACAAAAGAAGUUUUUUUUUUUUUUUUUAAUUGUUUCUCUGUGCUUUUCCUUUUUCAAGUGUUUGCUUGUUGCUGUUGUGUGUGUAUAGACCAUAGAGGGGUCGAUUUUAAGUUAUUUAUUAAUUUAUUUAUUUAACGACUGUGCCACGAUUUGUGGGAAACUCCAAAUCAUUGCUCUUCCUCACUUUUGUCUCCAAAAAGCUUCGCCCUCUUCAAUUAGCGUAUGCACAUUCUGUAAUCAAUCCAGCACUCCCUUUUUUAUCCCAUUAGGGUUUCGGCGUGUUUCUGUGUGUGUGAUUCGUUGAUUGGGGAGGUUGUGUUUGGAUGCGGAGAAAGUUGCGGGAAAUGUGGUGAGAGGAUGAGUCGAUGAGAGAGUGGGAUGGGGUGUGUGUUUGGGAGAGAAGUGUCGGCGAAGCUGAGUGAGGCACAGAAGGAGAGGAAGCAGGAAAAGGUUAGGGCUGAGAGAGCUGAGGUUGAGGUUGGGGAGGCUCACAACGGCGGAAAUCGGAAGGAGAAUGAGGAGGGGGAGGAGGAGGAGGAGAGGAGUGCGCGGCCUCGGAGAAGGUCUUCGAGGCCGAGGCCGAAUCCGCGGUUGAGCAAUCCGCCGAAGCACGUGUAUGGAGAACAGGUGGCCGCCGGCUGGCCCUCUUGGCUCUCCGCGGUCGCCGGCGAAGCCAUCAAUGGCUGGACGCCCCGGCGAGCCGACACCUUUGAGAAGCUCGAUAAGAUUGGGCAAGGUACAUACAGUAAUGUCUACAAAGCCAGGGAUGCUUUGACGGGAAAGAUUGUUGCAUUGAAGAAGGUUCGAUUUGACAAUUUGGAGCCUGAGAGCGUAAAGUUCAUGGCCAGAGAGAUUCUCAUCCUGCGCCGUUUAGAUCAUCCCAAUGUUGUAAAAUUGGAAGGUCUGGUGACUUCGAGGAUGUCCUGUAGUUUAUACCUUGUAUUUGAAUAUAUGGAGCAUGAUUUGGCUGGCCUUGCUGCAAGCCCUGUAAUCAAGUUCACAGAACCUCAGGUCAAAUGUUAUAUGCACCAAUUAUUAUCUGGGCUUGAACACUGUCACAACCGUAAUGUGCUGCAUCGUGAUAUAAAGGGGUCAAAUCUUUUACUUGACAAUGAAGGAGUUCUUAAGAUUGCUGAUUUUGGAUUGGCUUCGUUCUUCGAUCCUAAUCACAAGCAGCCUAUGACCAGUAGGGUGGUUACUUUAUGGUAUCGGCCUCCAGAACUUCUUCUCGGUGCUACUGAUUAUGGUGUAGGUGUGGACCUCUGGAGUGCUGGUUGCAUUUUAGCUGAGUUGUUGGCAGGGAAGCCUAUCAUGCCUGGUCGCACAGAGGUGGAGCAGCUUCAUAAGAUAUUUAAGCUCUGUGGUUCUCCAUCUGAAGAGUAUUGGAAAAAGUCAAAGUUGCCACAUGCAACCAUAUUUAAGCCCCAACAAUCAUACAAGCGAUGCAUCACAGAGACUUUCAAAGAUUUUCCACCAUCAUCGUUGCCACUAAUCGAGACCCUUCUUGCAAUUGACCCAGCUGAACGUCUGACGGCCACUGCUGCAUUGAGGAGUGAAUUCUUCACAUCUAAACCUUUUGCAUGUGAGCCUUCUAGCCUUCCCAAAUAUCCUCCAAGCAAGGAGAUGGAUGCUAAGCUACGGGACGAGGAAGCUAGAAGAUUGAGAACUGCUGGGAAAGCUAACGCAGAUGGUGUGAAAAGAUCUCGCCAACGUGAUCGAGCUGUAAGGGCAAUUCCUGCUCCAGAAGCAAAUGCUGAGCUUCAAGCCAAUCUUGAUAGGAGGCGGCUAAUAACACAUGCAAAUGCAAAGAGCAAGAGUGAGAAGUUUCCUCCUCCACACCAAGAUGGAACGCUUGGCUAUCCUUUGGGUUCUGCACAUCAUAUGGAUCCAGGUUUUGAUCCUCCUGAGGUUCCAUUCAGUUCUACACACUUCUCAUAUUCAAAACCAUCUAUCCAAACUUGGUCUGGGCCAUUGGUGGAAUCUGCUGCUGGUGGUGCUCCAAGGAGAAAGAAACAUACAUCUGGUGAUGCACAGUCAAAAUCAUCAAAGAAAAGAUAAAAGGGUUCUGCUCGGAUUAAAGAGAAACAGUCAUGUCAUAUAAUCUUAAUUCAUGAGGCUGCAAAUGCUGCUCACUCUCAGUCUUCGUAUAUUCGAGCCGGGAAAGCCAAUUAAAUUAAAAAGAGAGGUAAUACACAUCUUGUAAUUCAGUUUUCACAUUUCUUGUUCUAUUUUUGUAUUGCGAGUCUUCUCAAUAUUGUAUAUUUUUUUUUUAUAUUAUUUCUCUCGAGUUGAAAUACUCUAUUAGGUCAGUCGAACUGUUGAAAUUAUAAUAAACCCUACCUAGUGGUGUUUGAUUUCUGUA